CUCGACUCCUCGCCCUCACACACACCUCUUUCCUUGAGUGCUCAUUAGGAGAGGCAAACAGUCCUGCCAGUGGUAAGGAGGAAACUCCUGGGUGGCAGUUCUCGCUGCAGAGCCGAGCCAUGAACUCCAAUAACUGCUGUCCCUUCCGUAACGAAUACAUUCCUCGGGUGUUGCCCCCCUUGCUGGUCCUGGAGUUUGUGUUCGGGCUCCUUGGCAAUGGCCUGGCCCUGUGGGCUUUCUGCUUUUCCUUGAAGUCCUGGAAAUCCAGCAGGAUCUUCCUUUUCAACCUGGCCGUGGCUGACUUACUCCUGAUCAUCUGUCUGCCCUUCCUGACGGAUAACUAUGUCCGAAAAUGGGACUGGAAUUUCGGCGACAUCCCUUGCAGGUUGAUGCUCUUCAUGUUGGCCAUGAACCGGCAGGGCAGCAUCAUCUUCCUCACGGUCGUGGCUGUGGACCGGUACUUCAGGGUGGUUCACCCCCAUCAUGCUCUGAACAAGCUUUCCAAUCGUGCGGCCACCAUCAUCAGUCUCUUCCUGUGGGGGGUCACGAUCGCCCUUACGGGACACCUCCUUAAGAACGCCCUCAUGAAAGACACAGACAACUCAAGGCGCUGCAGCAGCUUCACCAUCUGCCCCGUCUUCGGAUGGCAUGAAGCCAUGUUCCUCCUGGAGUUUUUCCUGCCCCUGGGUAUCAUCCUAUUUUGCUCCACCAGCAUCAUCUGGAGCCUCCGGAGGAGGCAGCUGGACCGGCAGGCUAAGAUCAAGCGGGCCAUCCGAUUCCUCCUGGUGGUCACCGUGGUAUUUGUGAUCUGCUUUUUGCCCAGUGUGGCCGUGAGGAUACGGAUUUUCUGGCUCCUAUAUUUCCAGGGCACCCAAAGCUGCUCUCCCUACAAAUCCCUAGACCUGGCCUUUUUUAUCACUCUCAGCUUCACCUACAUGAACAGCAUGCUGGACCCCCUGGUUUACUACUUCUCCAGUCCAUCUUUCCCCAACUUCUUCUCCAAGUUGAUCCCUUGCCAUCUUAGGAAAAAGUCAGUAGGAGAAUCCAAUAACCACCGGAGCACCAUCAGGGAGCCCACGGGAGACUUGUGCCUGACCAGUUCCAGUGGGGAGAAUACCAUCACCCAAAGGAACCUGCCGCAUACAUUAAUGCCCGACUCUGCUGUGACAUGGGACGCUACAAAUAUAACACCGACGUCUCCUUGAGCAGUCCGGGUGAUGGCGGCGAGGGAGAAGGAGACCAUCAGAACUAAGAUUUCUAGAAAUGGGCUCUCGGUGUACUAGGGACCGAUACCCAUGGACUGGUCCAUAGAUACAGGUUGUCUUCGGAACUGAUGACUUGGAUGGAACAGGAGAAGCAGGGCAGUGACCUUGUAUUCUGAUCUGCUGACACAAACCCUAUAGGGGGAAAGGAUGGAAAGGAUGCUCGUCUUCCGGAAUGUUUGGCUUAAUUUAUGUAUCUCAAAGCAUCUUCUGCGAUCACAAAUAUAACAACAGUGGAACUGAGGCCAGAAGAGGUCGCACAUUUUGGCCAGCCUUGGGAGCUUCUGGUCGGAACCUGCCUCCAUGGGUGAAAGAAGAGGGGAGGGGAGGACUUCCACUUCAGGAGCAGGAUCUAAGUGACAGUGGGGGGGGGGGGCUGGUCCUUCCUGGCCCAAACCUAGAUUUGGGGGGACCGGCUCAUCUGGGAUCAAAGAGACUUCUCCAUUGGAUAAUAUCCGUGUUCUCCAGGGGUGAAAGGGAGAAGUAUGAACACAAGGAAAUGCAGAUCCCAUUAGAAGGUGGGAGAACUGAACACUGCUACUAAGUGUUAUUGAAAUGGCAUUUUCAGUACAGCUAAUGGGCUACUAAUCUGUCCUGAGCUUGUUUACAUGUGAGGGGUGAAUAACUGGAAGAAACAAAACCCACUCUCUCAGGUCUCAGAAGAAAGCUGCCUCUUAAUUGUUUGCAUUUGUCUUUUAAAGGGAAAAUGCUACUCCCUAUGGAUCAAAGGAAGGUGGUUUACAAGUGUUUUUAACCACUUCUACUGUCCAGUAGUUACCAUGAUAUCAUUACUCUAAUAAAAUUUAAUAGAAAAAACCCCCCCAGCUUGUACGGUCUGGGUGAUGAGUCACAGAAAUGGGCUUCUGUUCUUUAAACUGAGUUAUUCUGAGUUAUCAGAUGUGUACUAUGGAGAAACAAAAACAAAAACAGAAUUAGGACAAGCGAUAGAAUUUUUCACUGAGGGAAAAUGGAGUUUCCAGCUUAAUAAUUUAAUAGUUUCAGUUUCUAAGAGCUGGUUUGUGGGGAGUUAGUCACUGGGGUUUCUGCUAAGUUUGUUUCUGGCACUCCUGGAUUCCUUGGCUUGUAGAAGCUUGUUCCUGACCUCCUUAGAUCCUGAUAGGAAAUUUACAGAUGGUCCCACCCUAUCUACCUGAUCAGAGAUAAAUAAAUAAGGAGAGCAAACUCUGUAUUUCAAGACUAUCCUGAAAGUGCUCACCUUGCAGCGCUUCUGAGGACCAUAGAGCUACCUAUUAGGAAACCUAGGAUCUUUGAAUCUAACCUCCCCACUUACAGAUGAAGAACUGGAUCCUACAGGGAAGUGAUUUAAGAUUAUGGCUGAAUAACUUCACAUGUGGUCUCUUAAUUGUGAAAUAUGAAAAUCUAGCACGCAAACAUUUUAAAAACAAAUGUAAAAUUUUUUUUUGUUUUAAAUGUAACUGGGGGAAAUAUUGAAUAAAAUAAAUAAGUCAAAAAAAAUCAAUAUAUCAUGGCUAAAGGAGACCUCCGAAGGCAUCUAGUCCAAUUCUCCACCUCCUGCCUCCAUUUUAGAGGUGAAGGAACUAAGAUCUAAAAAGGAUAUUACUCAUCCUGGGGUCAUGCAAGUAGUAAGUGACAGCACAGUUAGAACACAGGUCUCCUAGUUGCAAAUCUAAGGCUCUUUCUACUUAGUUGCUUUUAGUCACUUUUCUUUGAAAAAAAAUUUUUUAAAUUGAUAUGUUUUUUAUAUGAUCUAAAUUUUCUGUGUCCUUCCCCUUGCUCAAUCCAGAAGAGUCAUCCUGAAUAACAAAUGAUGAAAGAAAAGGAGGAAGAGAAAAAAAAAAAUUGAUGAAACUGAUCAACAUGUUUUUAAAAAUCUGAUAAUAUAUGAAAUGUUGUAUAUCCAUAAAUGAUCUACUUUUGUCGAGUCCCCACUUCUGCAAAGGAGGCAGGGGGCUUUAGUUUUCCUGCAAUUAAUCAAUCAGCAAACGUUUAAGCCUUUAUUCGGUGCUGGGUAUACAAGGCACUAAGUUAGGCUCUGGGGCAACAAAGAGAAAAAGCUAAAUAUACCUUGCUUUCAAGGGGUUCCUGUGCUAAUAGAAAUACUAUGUAUAUUAAAAAGUAUAACAAUAACUACAAAAUAGAUACAAGAUUAUGCUGGCUAGAGGGGAAAGCACUAGCAUCUGGAUUAGGACUGGAAGACUGAAAGAGGUCUCUUGCUGAAGCCUGCAUUUGAAUUGUCCUUUUAAAAAUCCAAUAUAUUUUAUUGAUAGCUUUUGUCUUUUCAUUAUCUACAUUUCCCCCUUUAUGUCUUCCCCUCCUAUACCCCAUUAUAACCACAAAAUUACCAGAGACAGGCAGAAGUGAACAAAAAUUCAGCAAAAACAAUUGAUAUGUUGAAGAAACCUGAUAUUCUAUGCAAUCUCUAAUAGAGAUUAGAGAGUUUUUAAUAUUUUAUUUGAAAGGGAGAGAUUAUACUGGAACCAAAUGGAUCCAUGGUUUGGUCUGAGGCUAUCAUCUCCAAGAAUCCAGCAAUCCAGGGAUAGGAUACCACUCCUAUUCCUAUCGUCUCAAAGAAAUGGGGUCAAGAUUAUUCUGUCUGAUUUGAAGAUAUUCAUUUUCACUUUCUUGAUUAAGUUUUGAAGACAACCUGGGAUUCUAAGAAGUGAUAAGAGCUUGGGGAGAACAUUCCUGACAUGGAGAAUACCAUCAGGUUAAAAGGUAUAGACCAAAAUCUGGUGGUUUGGUUUGCUUUUGAACACGUUCACUUCUUUGAGGUUAUUUGGGGAACGAAUUUUAUCUAGAGUUUCAAUGAAGUGCCAGAUAUUACAUAUUGAAAGAAUUCUUCAUCCUUCCCCCCCCUCCCUUUUUUUUAAUAGCAAAAAAAAAAAAUCAUAGAAAUUUCAUGAUUUUUUCUCCCUCACUACUUUGCAACUAUAUGAUUUAAUAGGUUGAUAAAAGCAUUUCUUUUGUGAUGGACUUGGUUCUUUUCCACAAUGAGGUGAU